CCACGACCGAGUUUCCUUCCUCCCCACCUUCCUUUUCUUUCCCACACCGGUUUUCUUUCUUCCGACUUACUUUUGAUUCUGUUCUUUGUAUUCAUUCUUUGAUCAUCCCGGCCGCCAUUUCCAAGGCCCUGCCCCCUGUUUUGAAAUCAAAAGCACAGAAAAGGUCAGAGCGGCGACCAGAAUCACCUUUCUCCCCAUUUCCCCCGGAACCAGUUUCGGGGGUUUUAGUUGAGAGAUAUAACAGCAACGAAUACUGAAUCUCUUCCUUCCUAACCCCCAAAUUCACCUCAUCUCUCGCCGUUUUGAUCAUUUCCCUUUUUCUUGAUCUUAUCUUUCGUCGUGAAUGGCGGAGUCAGUGAUGGAUAACAAGAGCAAGAGCGAGGGUGGUAGCCGGCGCCGGUGGGCGGUUUUCUUUGCUAUCACUGCUCUGAUCAUCGCUCUGGCCGCUGCUUCCACCGCCUCCCCCAAGAUCUCUCUCUUCGGUAAAGUCAAUAAGCUCUGCAGCUGCUCCCAGCAGCAGAAAUAUACUGGGAUUGUGGAAGAUUGCUGUUGCAACUACGAGACGGCUAACCUUUUGAACGAGGAAGUAUUGUAUCCGUCUCUCCAGGAGCUUGUGAAAACCCCAUUCUUCCGUUAUUUCAAGGUGAAAUUAUGGUGUGACUGUCCUUUCUGGCCGGAUGAUGGCAUGUGCAAAUUGAGGGAUUGCAGUGUCUGUGAAUGUCCGGAUAAUGAGUUCCCUGAGUUGUUUAAGAGGCCUUUCCGCCGUGGUCUACCCUCAGAUGCGCCUAUUUGUCAAGAAGGCAAGCCGGAGGCUGCCGUCGAUCGCACCCUCGAUCAUAGAGCUUUUAGGGGUUGGACAGUGACUGAUAACCCAUGGACAAAUGAUGAUGAGACUAACAAUGAUGAGAUGACGUAUGUGAAUCUGCAACUGAAUCCUGAACGCUAUACUGGAUACACUGGUCCAUCAGCUAGAAGGAUAUGGGAUGCUGUUUACUCUGAGAACUGUCCCAAGUAUCCAUCUGAAGAGCUCUGCCAAGAGGAGAGAUUGUUAUAUAAAUUGAUUUCAGGUCUCCACUCGUCCAUUUCCAUCCAUAUCGCAGCUGACUACCUGCUUGAUGAAGAUACAAACUCGUGGGGUGAAAAUCUAACUUUGAUGUACGAUAGAGUUUUGAGAUAUCCAGAACGUGUUAGGAACUUAUACUUUACCUACCUCUUUGUUCUGCGAGCUGUCACAAAGACAGCGACUUACUUGGAACAAGCCGAGUAUAACACUGGUAAUCCUACGGAGGACCUGAAGGCUCAUUCCUUGAUCAGGCAGCUACUCUAUAAUCCGAAACUUCAAGCCGCUUGCCCGCUUCCAUUUGAUGAAGCUAAACUUUGGAAGGGUCAACGAGGACCUGAACUUAAACAGAAAACACAAGAACAGUUCAGAAACAUAAGUGCAUUGAUGGACUGUGUAGGCUGUGAGAAAUGCAGACUUUGGGGAAAGCUCCAGGUUCUUGGCCUAGGUACUGCAUUGAAGAUAUUGUUCUCUCAAAACGGGGAAGACAAAAUAGUCCAAACAUUGCAGUUACAGAGGAAUGAAGUAAUUGCAUUGAUCAAUCUUCUAAAUCGGCUGUCAGAAUCUGUUAAAUUUGUCCACGAAAAGGGUGCUGCUGUUGAAAGGAUCAUGGAAAGGCAGAGUGGUUUGUUCCCCUUCGCAAGUAUCCUCUUGCAAAAAGUUUGGCCUUUUAGUUCAAGCCUGCUAAGCUAGUUGAAAAUCAGUGGCAUGUUCCAGGUCAUGGUGACAACGUACGGUUGGCUGAGGACUUGGUUUCAGUAAACCUCUUCACCGUUGGUAGAUUACAGACAGAAUUUUGGAUAUCGACACAGACUUCGUAUAGAGAAAGGAAAGAAAAUUGUAGAGUUGAGUCAUGUAUCUGUGUUAUAUGUACAUUGACAAUAGAUAAGAUGUAACAACAGCAGACAAUUUUCUCUGGAAAUUAGAAAGAGUUGCACAAGGCCUGAAGUUCCUUCUUUAAUUAGGUUUCACAUCCAAAAUGAUCUAGAUACUUUGUUCCCUACUACCAUUGCCAUCUCGAUCUCCAACAAGAGUAUUUAUCUCAUACCGUAUUGGUACAAAAACAAGAAUAACUAAACAACAGCACUCUUUAGAUGACGCUUGCAACGCAUCCCAUCAGCAACAGCGCCAUCAGCUCGAACUUGCGAAUCAUAGGUGCAGUUCAAACCACAUUACUGCCAUGGCGCCACUAGAUCACGUCUUAUUGUAAUGAGAAGUUACCAUUUUUGGUUGUGUACCAAUUCGUCCAAUUUGAUAGCAGCAAGAAAUUCGAAGGACUUGCAUAUCAAUCCGCAAAGAAAGCGAACAGAUUCCAGCUAUGACAUGCAUGCUAUAGCCUACCUACCGACCCUUCUUGGAGCGUUUUGUGGGUCUCGUUGUCUCCUUCCUUGAAUCUUCAGGAGGUUUUGAAUCCAGAAACGGCUCUUCCGACUUCUUCUGUAGUUCCAGCAGCUCCUGGCAAUACGCGAG